GACUUCAGUAUUGUUGGAAGACACCUCUGUUAGAAUGUUUAGCACGAUCACUGCCGGAUUUACGGUCGUGUUUUGCAUGUCAACAUGCAGCUAUGGCGACUUCCCGUUCCGGAACACGUCCCUGUCGUGGGAGGCGAGGGUGGAGGACCUGGUGGGUCGUCUCACCCUGGAGGAAAUCGUGCUGCAGAUGACGAGGGGAGGGGUGAGUCCCAUCAACGGACCCACCCCGCCCGUCUCGAGGUUGGGGAUCGGACCCUACUCUUGGGACACAGAGUGUCUGCGCGGGGACGUGAAGGCCGGCAAUGCGACGUCGUUUCCUGAACCAAUCGGCUUGGCUGCUUCCUUCGAUCCGAAACUGAUUUUCCGUGUGGCCGAGGCGACCAGCAUAGAGGUGCGGGCCAAGUUCAACAACUUCAGCCGCCACGGCGUGUACGGCACCCACAGGGGCAUCAGCUGCCUCAGCCCCGUCAUCAACAUCCUCCGCGACCCAAGGUGGGGCAGGAACCCGGAGACGUAUGGCGAGUGUCCUUACCUCACGGGUGUCUACGCAACUCAGUUUGUUCAUGGUCUCCAAGGCAACCACCCACGCUACAUUCGGGCUAACGCGGGAUGUAAACAUUUUGAUGCCUAUGGUGGACCCGAAAAUAUCCCCAUCGAUCGACAUGUAUUCAAUGCCAAGGUGUCAGAGCGGGACUGGAGAACCACAUUCCUGCCCGCCUUCAGAGCAUGCGUCAAGGCGGGGACCUACAACAUCAUGUGUAGCUACAACAGCAUCAACGGUGUACCAUCGUGUGCCAACAAGCGCCUCCUGACGGACAUACUGCGGAAAGAAUGGGGCUUUACUGGCUACGUCAUCAGCGAUCAGGGGGCGACAGAGCAGGUGAUGACGGCUCACAACUUCACCAACAGCAGUGUUGACACUGCGGCCUCUUGUGUCGCGGCAGGCCUCAACUUGGAGAUAUCUGACCGCACUGAACAGAAUCCAGCAUUGAUGUCCAUGAUCCAAGCAGUCCAGCAAGGCAAACUGAGCGAGGACCUGGUCAGGGAGCGGGUCAAGCCGCUCUUCUAUACAAGAAUGAGGCUCGGAGAGUUUGACCCACCGGAAAUUAACCCAUACGCAAAACUCAAACUGUCGGUGAUAGAGUCACGUGACCACAGAGCUCUUGCAAUAGAAGCAGCCAUGAAGUCAUUUGUCUUGUUGAAGAAUGAGAAAAGUUUCUUGCCACUGAAGAAGAAAUACAACACACUAGCGGCUGUUGGUCCGAUGGUGUUCCAAGGCAAGGCUACGAUGGGGGGCUACGCUCCGGACACAGACCCCAGCUGGAUGUCACUGACUGUCACGGGACUGGCUGACCUUGCGACCCACACUCGGGCGGUAGAAGGUUGCAGCUCCACCGCCUGCAUGAACUACAACAGCAGCGGCGUCGCCUGGGCGGUGGCCGGCGCCGACAUCGUCUUUGUCACGCUGGGAUUGGGUAGCGACCUGGAAUCUGAAGGCAACGACAGGCCGGAUCUUCAACUACCUUAUCGCCAGUUCGAUCUACUCGCAGACGCAGUGUACAAAAGUGCUUCUGCUCCUGUUGUCGUCCUGUUAUUCAACGCCGGGCCCCUGAACAUGACGUGGGCGAUGGACCAAUCCCGUAUCAAGGCCAUCCUGGAAGUGUUCUACCCCGCCCAGGCCACGGGGGAGGCGCUUAGAAGAGUCCUGGCCAAUGACGGCCCAGGGGCGGUACCUGCGGGGAGACUACCAAACACCUGGCCAUUUAUUGUACAAAAUUUUACCCGAUGGAAGUUCCCGGCAAUGACGGACUACGCCACGCACGGCCGCACCUACCGCUACACCAACACCAACAUCCUCUUCCCUUUCGGCUACGGACUGUCCUACUCAAGGUUCCGGUACACAGACAUGGAGGUCAAGGACACAGUCCAGGCAGGUCAAGAUGGCUGGGUCAAGGUCACUGUGGAAAAUCUCGGACCGUAUGAUGCUGACGAGGUGGUUCAAGUGUAUAUUGCGUGGACAACAGCAUCAGUACCGACACCGAGGCUGCAGCUGACGGGAUUUGACCGAGUGACUUUGGCCUCUGGCACCAAUAUGCAGGUCAACUUGACCAUUGCCUCCGACAACAUGGCGCUGUGGCAGGGGCAGAGAGGCUGGGUCAUAGGUGAAGGGACUCUGGAGGUGUAUGUCGGUGGCCAACAGCCGAACCAGACCCGGUCAGUAGGCUCAGAAGUCCUUCACCAGACUGUUCACAUCACUGGAGUGAAAGCCCUCGGACGCUAUUGAUACUUGCUACUGGUACAUGCUACUGGUACAUGCUAAUGCUGCAGACAACUGACACAUGCUCUGAUACAUUAUACUAAACCCUUCAGUGAUACAUGCUACUGAUACACCCUACUGAUACACACUACUGAUACAUCCUACUGAUACAUGCUACUGAUACACGCUACUGGUACACGCUACUGAUACACCCUACUGAUACACACUACUGAUACACACUACUGAUACAUGCUACUGAUACACACUACUGAUACACACUACUGAUACACACUACUGAUACAUGCUACUGAUACACACUACUUAUACAUGCUUCUUAUACAUGCUACUGAUACACACUACUGAUACACGCUACUGAUACACACUACUUAUGCAUGCUACUUAUACACGCUACUGAUACACACCGCUGAUACACACUACUGAUACAUACUACUUAUGCAUGCUACUGAUACACGCUACUUACACAUGCUACUGAUCCACACUACUGAUACACGGUUCUGGUACACGCUACUGAUACACCUACUGAUACAUGUUCCUGAUACACCUACUGAUACAUGCUCCUGAUACACCCCGAUGAUACAUGAUACUGAUACAUUCAUCAUUUCCUUCCACAAGAAGGAUCGUGAACCACUCUUUCAGCUUCUAUGUCAAUAGAAAAGAGUAAGUGUUGCAGAUAAAUAAACAAUUUG